AUACAUGUAAGUAUUCCUUUUAAUUUUGCUUCUUACUAUGAUGUGACCAGUUUGUUCCCAGUAACUAAUUUAUUGUUGUACUCCUAACCAUCUCUUUUAAUCCUUACCCUUUUCUGUGUCAUCAAUUUUAGUAUAACGUGAAAUUUGAAACGUUUACCCAAGGAGCGAAAAUAAAAACGAACAAAGUAUAAUUAAGGGAAAAAUUCCGUCAUAAAAUUAAGCAGAAAUAAAGAGGGAUAGUCACGUUUUUGACUCAACUGACUAGAGCCUCAUUUCUUUGAAGUCAUCAGCCUCCAUACAUCAGCGUUCAGGAAUAUAGAUGCAUAUCUAAUGUCUUCAGUCAGAGAGUUAAAAGAAUCACCAGUGGCCUCAGCUCAAGCGUAUGUUUUACAGUUUAACAUUGAAGACCGAAUAUGGCUACCAAGUGGUGGGACACGCUCACUUUCAUGGGUUCAAAUUUUACAACAAAAAGGUUUAGAUGCUUAUCGUAUCGUAGGUUGGCGUCAGCCAGAUAAUCAGGUUGUUGUUAAUUCAGUGUUAAAAGCUGGACUCGAGUAUCAAAUACAUGGUCAAUUUCAUGAAUGGCGUGAUCCAAUCACUUCUAGAGUAUAUGGUUUACAUUUUCCGGAACAAGAAGAUGCUGCAAUGUUUUUGAAAACAAUCAACUUUAUUUUGAAUAGACUGGCAAAUCCUGAUUGCAAAACUGCAUUUGAUGGUGAAAACAUAAAUAUCAAUUCACAGUCACGUGAAUAUGCACAACCGUUUAUUUCAAAUACAUUAGAAUCAUCGAAUAAUCAUUCUACCACAUCAAAAGGUUGUACCAUAGUUAUUAAUCCAGCAAAUGUUGGCACAGAUGGAAUUGAUACAAUAGAAAAUAAAACUACUCUACCAAAACAACCGGAACCUAAUGAAUUGGCAAAUUAUGAAUAUCAAGAUCAUGUUAAUCAAUCUAAUCAAAUAAAUAAAUUGAUAACUGCUACUACUCUGACUAAUAAUAAUAAUAGUAGUAGUGGUAGUAAAGAUUCUGGUGCAUUUGAAACACAUCGUCGUCAACUGUCUUCUACAUCAUCAAUCAGUUUAGGUUAUGCUACAGGUCCUGGGACAAUUGCUACUCCUUCAUCUGCCUCUUCAUCAUCUACUGGCUACGGUUAUGGUUAUGGAUAUGCAGGUUCAGGAAGUUUAGCUAGUUAUGCAAGUACUAGUAGCAGUGGAAGCAGUGUUGGUAAUGGUCCAAUUAAUGGUAAUUAUUUGAGCACAAUGCAUCGUCUUAGUAAUCAAAAUUUAAGGAAUCCACCUCUAAGUGGAGAGUCUAUCAGUAGUAACUGGUCAGGCUUGAGUUCUCAAGUUUCUCGUGAGAUUGUUAAUCCUUCAAUUGUUGCUGUUAGCACAAACAGUUCAAAUUCAUCUUCAGUAUUAACAACAUCAGUACCGGGUAGCAAUAAUAAUAAUGAUCAGAAUAAUGACGAAGAGUUAGUUAAACAGUCAGAAUCAUCUGGAUUAGCUGCUAUGCUACAAGAAGCUAUUGCUGCACGUAAACGUAAUAAAGAAAAUCGAUGUAAUGAUUCAAUAAGACCAAGUAUUAAUUCAACUUCUUGCAAUAAUCCGAUAAUUUCAACUACAAAAUCCCCGCCGCCACCACCACCUCCAGCGCCACCGACAUUAUCAUCAAUUACUCAACCGAAAAAUGACAAAACCAACCCAAUAAAACGUACAGAUUCUACACAGCAAUUAAGAAAAGAUUCCAUUGAUCAAAAAUCUUCUAUGCUAGCUGAAAUUCAACGUCGUAUACAAGCUAGACGACAAUUAAUCGAUGCUGCUGAAGAAGAAUGUGGUUUGCUUAAAAAAGACCAUCAUUUGGAAUCAUCAAAAUCUAUCUCCAUACCUUCUGAAAAUACCGGUGUUAUAUCGACUAAUUCGAUCGAUUCGUCAUUGAAUAGCCGAAAUGUUAAUACAUCUAAUUGUUCUACAAUAUCAAAUAUUAUAAAUUCUGAUUUAUCACUUACUCGUUCAGAAUUGGAUAAUUUACGUCGUGAAAUUAUUGUUGAACUGCGUAAAGAAGUCCAAUUGGCGAAAAAUGAAAUUAUGGAUUGUAUCAAAUUGUAUAAAGCUGUUUAACUGUUUGGACUAUACACACGUUUGAUCUUUGUGUACACGUUAUUUGGAUAAACACAGCUGUCCUGAAAAUAUUGAAUAUUUGAUCAGCUUAUGCUAUUUCACAUUAUAAUACAAUUCUAUCACCAAAUUGAAAUUUGUAAUUACCUAUUUGUUUUGUUUGAGUUGGCUUCUGUAACCUUGAAAUCUUUAAAACGAAUGAAUAAAUUGCACAUCUCGUUUUUUUUCACAUUCGGUGAAUGUGUCUAAUUCUUGGAAUUUCACUUCUUUUAUUUUUUACAUCUAUUAAAACGUAUUAGUACAUUCCAUUUAUUUAUUAGUUUUCUUUGGGUUUUUUUUUUGCUUGUUUAUUUAUCUAUUUAUAUAAAUAUGGAACAUAAUACUUAAAAAUAACACAUUGUUCAGUAGGAUAAAUGAAUGAUGAGGGGCUUAGUACUUUCUGUCAUUUGUUUAGAUUACCUCAUUAUUAUAUGUUUAGUAGCGUGGAUACUACUUUCUAGGUUAUUUCCUCAAUUGUGUAUGGUCAUUGUUUGAAUCAUCUAUACUCUUCGUAAUGUAUCCACACACAAAAGAAAAUGGAGUAUAUUAUAAUUUUUUUUUUGGAUUCUUAAUAUAUUUUUUAUUUAAAUUGGAUUAGGCUUUUAUUAUUGUUACUCUAAUUGUCAAUCUAAUUUAAUUAUUACCUCAUAUAACUAGUUGAAAUUCGUUAUUUGGUUGUGUGUGUGUGUGUGUUAUUUGGUCAUUAUUCGCACAAUUAUCUAUCCAAAUUUAUUGUUUAAUUGAGAAUUGGAAGUCAUAUGUACUAGGCGGUAUUCUUACAUUGAAAAACAAAAUAAACAAACAUGUAUGCAUGUACAAAUAGCUGAGCUUUUGUUUAUAUUUUUCAUUUUCGUAAUUAAUCUCUCAUUAUUAUCAUGAUGUAUCCUGUUUUGAUUUCAUUUUAUUCAUCUUUUUCACGUAUAUUAUAUAGUGCCUCAGAGUAAUUGCAAAUAUACAUUGUAGAAUGUUAAUUACUUUCCUUAAUAUUCAUUUUAUGUAAACACUUUUUUGUUUAUCAAUGUUCUUUUAAAAUGAUGAUGAUACAAAUACAUACACAUAAUAUAUAUUCUCGCAU